GUUUCACUCGUCGUCGUUCACGUUGUAAACACUCGCACAUGUGGUGAAUGGAUUCCUGAUUUUGUAUUGAAAAUUGUGUGGAAAUUCUACCCAAGACCCGACUCCUGGCAAUGGAUUCGAACGAUCUUUUCCGCAAGCUAACGUGCGGUGCAAAGUUUUCCUCGAAAAACAAUCCUUCGUUGCUGAAGAGAAAGCACGUAUCCGCCCCGAAGGUAGUCGAACAGCCAGCGGAGGUUAAGCUGGAGAUUAAAGAGGAAGAUGACGAUUCGGACAGUUCCAAUGCGGAACCGGUUCCGCAGUUCCCGCACAGCCCGUUGGUUCUCAGUAAUGAUGACAUCAAGGACGAAAUCAAAUCCGAGGAUGAAGCGGAUCGAGACGAGGAUUCAGAACGGAAGCGGAUUCGGUUGAUGUCUCCGGAGAAGCGCGAACGAUAUAAUCAGUACAAGGUGAAUCGCUUGAGAAACCUGCAUCAAAUCAAGGUAAAGAAGGGCAAGAAGUCCGUGGCGGAUCCGAUAGAGGAUUUUCGUCAGCUAGCUGAGAGGUUCAACGUUUCCAAUCAGUUGAUUAAGAACAUUGUCGAAUGUGGCUACAAAGCCCCCACUCCAGUGCAGAUGCAGGCCAUUCCGGUUCUGCUGGAGGGUCACGCACUUCAUGCCUGUGCUCCAACGGGUUCGGGCAAGACGGCCGCGUUUAUGAUUCCGAUCAUUCACCAUCUGAAAAAGCCGAUGAAGUGCGGUUUUCGAGCGUUGGUAGUUUGUCCUACGAGGGAACUUGCAAAGCAGACCCAACGGGAAGCGUUGCGGCUCUGUGAGGAUAUCAAUUUGCGAACACACGUAAUUACGAAGGUGGAUGAAAGCACUACGGACUAUGGGUUGGAGAGUAGAAAGCACUAUGACAUUCUGGUGACGACUCCGAACAGGAUCUGCUUCCUGGCAAAUCACGAUCCACCGUUGAUCGAUUUGAGUAACAUUCAGUACAUUGUGGUGGAUGAGGCGGAUAAGUUGUUUGAGGAGUCGAAGAACGGGUUCCGGGAGCAGCUGGAUUUGAUUAUGAAUGCUUGUACGAAUCCGUGCAAGGUGGUGGCUUUUUUCAGUGCAACGAUUACGAAGGAAGUUACGGCCUGGGCCAGUGAGAAUAUGACGAAUAAGGUGCGAUUUUCGGUUGGGGUGGCCAAUAUGGCAGUGGAUUUAGUGGAGCAGGAGUUGUUGUUUGUAGGACAUGAAAGCGGCAAGUUGUUGGCCUUUCGGGAGAUGGUGCACAAGGGUCUCACGCCACCGGUGUUGAUUUUCGUGCAGAGUAAGGAUCGAGCGCAGCAGUUGUUUACGGAGCUGAUCUACGAUGGACUGAAUGUGGAUGUGAUUCAUGCGGAUCGUAGCCAAAAGGAACGUGACAAUGUAGUGCGAUCGUUCCGGGAAGGCAAUAUUUGGAUUCUGAUCUGUACGGAACUGAUGAGUCGAGGAAUCGACUUCAAGGGGGUUAAUUUGGUGGUGAAUUACGAUUUCCCUCCUUCCACGAUCAGCUAUGUUCAUCGGAUCGGUCGGACGGGACGGGCCGGAAGACGUGGCAAAGCGAUAACCUACUUCACCAAGGACGAUACGGUCAACUUGCGAUGCAUUGCUCAGCUGAUUAAGCAGUCGGGAGGAACCGUGCCGGAGUAUAUGCUAAAGUUGAGGAAAAGUUCCCAGCAGGAGAGGAAGAAGUUACAGCAGAAGGCACCGAAGCGCGCAGCCAUCCGGACAAUGCCGGCUUUCGAGAUGCAGGAACGGGCCAAGAAGAAGAAGCUGAUCGCUAGAUCCAAGGCGAAAAAGGAAGGACGAGAAAUUCCUGUUAGACAACAGAAUAACAAGAAGAAACCUCUGCACAACGGCCACUCGAAGGGUAAAAAGCAAGCGAAUAAGAAGAAGAAUAAGUAAGAUUCUUCGAAAGAUCUCCGACACAUACCUACUAACAUAGACUUUAAGGAUCAAUCACAGACGUACAAGGCACUUGAG